UUUUUUUUUUGUGUGUGUCUUUUUAACACUCAUCAUUUCUGCUUUUGCUUUUCCAGGAUUCAUGAACAAGAUUUUUCAUCCCAACAUUGACGAAGCGUCAGGGACGGUGUGCUUAGACGUCAUCAACCAGACGUGGACGGCGCUUUAUGAUUUGACCAACAUCUUUGAGUCGUUCCUGCCGCAGCUGCUGGCUUACCCGAACCCCAUCGACCCCCUGAAUGGAGACGCAGCUGCCAUGUACCUUCACCGGCCAGACGAGUACAAGCAGAAAAUCAAAGAAUACAUCCAGAAAUAUGCAACAGAGGAGGCUCUGAAGGAGCAGGAAGAGGGCGCAGGCGACUCUUCAUCCGAAAGCUCCAUGUCAGAUUUCUCAGAAGACGAGGCCCAGGACAUGGAGUUGUAGUGAUAGGAGGGCUCCCCCAACCCCGCUUCCUCCUUUAACCCCAACAGAGACUAUAUUUGAUUUCCUAACCAUGAGAAAGCAGACUUAUAAUAUUCAUAUUUAAACCAGUUGAUUUUUUUAUUAUUAUUAUUGUUGCUAAACAAGGAUUUUUAUGGAUAUCUAGAUGGACGUCCCUUCCGCUCUGUAACUGUUUGUCCCUGCGACGGCUUUCACAUUUGUAAGGUGCGUUUAGGCGUAAGGCAGGAAGCCUUCCCUCCAACAUGUUGGUUCUUUUCUCAAAUUUCCCUUUUUAAAAUAUAAAUUAUAUAUGUUUGAACCCUACUUUUUAAAAGGCUUUUUUUUUUUUUUUACUCGCUCCUCAAUAUUGUGAUGUAGUCGAGAAGGCGCACAAUGUCGCGCACACACACGAGGUGUGUCACAGAGCACCUUUUAUAUAAAAGUACCAAGAAGUAGAGUGCCAAAAAGAGCUCUUGAAUCAACCCUGAAUGCUUCCUAAAUGCAUCUUUUUCAACAUUCACCCCCUUUUUGUUAGUCUUUGUUGACCGGCUGCCUGUCCACACGGCACAGGGCGAAACAGAUUCCCUGUAGCUGCAGAAAACGCGUAGAGGACUCGUGUCCAAAAGGCUAUGGAGACGGGUCAGUGGAACUUGGAACCAGAACUGCCCUUUAAACAUCUCACUGUAUGGAUUCUCAUAUCCAUUGUGAGGUAAAUCGCACGUGAGCGCACAACGUUGUCGUCCAUCACACGUGCUUCUUUUAAAACAUGAUUCUAUCGUUCGAUAGUAACGUUUCAGGUAGAAAAAGAAUGUAAUCACCACUUAUUCUAGAAAACCAGCACGGCGGUCUGUUUUUAAUUGGAGUAAAAAGCAGCAACAAUGGUCACGUUACGUGACCCCCGUUACGUUCCGCCUACCAGGAUCUCUAGUUGGAAGAUUACAAAAUAAGAGCCCAAUGUUUGUCCUUCACCUGAACGAGAGCAAUUAUUUCUCUCGUUUGUUUGUUUUUGAGGGGGUUGAUUUUUAUAUGUAAAAAAGAAAAAGUAACAUUUUCAUGUUACUCAUUGUGGAUUCAAUGGGGCGGGUUUAUAUGUGAAUGAUGUGUGGAAAGAAAUUGCAAUCGCUUUGACUUUUGGCUGGGUUUUUUCCUGACUUUUAUUUCAUGUAGAUUUUUAAUACUUUUGCCAGAUGAGGAGGUGGGGGGGCCGUCAACACAUUUGGAUCCUAGAAAGCCUUGAAACGUAUUCUCUUGAUGGACCGCAGUGAGGAUCACAGGUCGCUUAGAGGGUUAAAGGCUGAACCUGGCACUAAAAGCUCCCCUCAUCUCCUCUGAUGUCAACGCUUCUGUGCCUCAUUACAAAGGGAAGGGUGACCAUUCAAGAAGUUCCCCAAAACCCAGUCAUGAAGUUCAAAAGAGAAAAGCACAUAGUUUUUUACAUGCUACUUUUAUUCUGCUCCUUCCGUUAAGUGAUUGUGUGCGUAUUGUGGUUUGACAUCUAAAUGUCCACACUCUCAGAAGAGAGGAGUUACCCAGCAGCAUCGGGUGGAUUUCGAGGCUAAUGUGGGACUUUUGGACCUUUUUGGGCUCAGGGUUGAAAUACAAUGUGGUUGUAUCUUUCAUAGGGAUUAACAUCUUCACCCAGGACACAUUGAAAGGAUGGAAAUCAUGCCAAUAUUUGUCGAACUGUGUUUCCUUCUCUCUUCUUUUUUUUUUUUUUUUUUUUUUACUGUUUCACUGGGUGUUUUACUUCCACUAAACGACGUACACGAUGUGGGUGUGUUGCAGAUAUUUAGCUAGCGAGGUAAACUUAGCCAAUACAGCAACCGUACGAUGUGUAGUUAGUGUCCGUUGUGUGUCAAUGUGUGAUACUCUCGCCGAUUACAUCACGCACAGAAAGCCAGCGAGUGGUUCGGCCCUUUUCAAGAGAUCACAUUUCCUCCCAAGAAGCCCAAUGAUGCGCUCACUGUUGUCACAUUUGAAUGAAGGUUUAUAAACCGACACACUUCUGGAAUAUCUUUUUAAUUUUUCCAGUUUUCCACCGGGAUUAGCGCCCAGCGGGAUGCAGCCAUUUUAACUGCUGCACAGCACAAAGUUUUGUGACGUUAAACAUGUUGAAGGCAGUAAAGUAUAAAGCUGUGUGAAUGUUUUCACGUGUUCAGCUCCACCAACUUAUGGGUCAGCUAAUUGUCACACCGAUGAUGUCCUUCAGCGUUUUUGUUUUAAGUAAUUAAGUGUUUUCCGAGUUGAGAAAUGUAAUAAAGUAGCACACAAUGAGGCAAUGGUGCGACAGGGAACUCAUUUUAUUUUUGUGUUUUUCAAAAACACCACUUCUGUUGAGUAAAAUCACAGGUUCGAUUUUCAGCAUUAUUUCAAUCCACUUGGCCAUAAAUUCACAUUAAUCCGCUGAAGCUCAGCUUUCAGCAGCCUCCCUCAUUGUUUUUCUCUCCACACGGUCAAAAGAAACUGGUUACAAAAAACAAACCAGUAAAUGAGUGUUUCCCAUUGAAACUUGAAUCCUAAAUUAUUUUUGAAAACGCGUAUCUUUUGGCUUUCUGCCCUUCUCCUCUUCCUCUUCUGCCACAAGUGGACAGACAACAAUGUCUUCAACCGCAUCAACGUGAUAGAUGGGGGGUGGGGGGGCCUUGCUAUUCUGACUGCAGUGAAGAGUCCAGAGCCAUACCCCCAUCCACUCUCUCCACCCUCUCCACCCUGCCGGAUACAAUGACGUCCUCCCGCCCUUUUUUUAUUCAGCACAGCUGCAGAGAGCCAGCAUCCUGAUCCUGUAAUCCCCCCCCCCUAUCAUCAUCCUUGGUCUUAUUUUUAUCACUUUUUGUUUUCUUUGCAUCGUGAAAGUGGGCAUGAUGUCAAAAAGACAAAUGCUCUCUAUUAAUAGGCUUAUAACCUCAUAAAUAGUUGUGUAUAAAAUAAACUUAUAACAUCUUUUUUUUAAUAAAACCUUCAAUGUGUAUAAAAGA